UCUUUCUUUCUUCACCGUGGGGCCUGGAGCCACCAAAGCAUUCGCUUCUUUCAUUCUUCUCUUCUCCAUCUUCUCGCUUCGCUCUUUUCCGUUCGAUUCUGCCUCGAGCCUGGAGCUCCUGCGGAACACCCCUAUUCCAUUGCUACACUGCUAGUAGCGUUUAAUUUCCGAGUUUAGGCAAGCAAGGCUUCAGCAAGAAGAAGAACAUUAUCAACAUCUUUACGUCGAUCCAAGCUUGCUUACUCUCGAACCACGAUACUGUGUUCCGCCAGCGACACAGACUCUUGAACAGACUCAUGGCGGAAAAGAGCAACAGUCACCUCACGAGACAGAUGGAUUCCCUCCUUACCCUGAUUGCGUUUUACUUUCUCCACGGUCAACCCACUCCUUUGAACCCCUACCAACCGCUUUCGAACCACCGUCAACUUCACCCCAACCUCAACCUACAAUCCAGCUCAGCGACAACGGGCUCCAACACAGCUGCCCGGAAUGUGGUCGGCUAUUCACACGUCGACGGGACCUGAAUCUACACCAAAAGACACACGAAACAUACAUUUGCGAGGUCUGUCAAGCAUCACUCCGUAUGAGUAAAGACUUUACCAAAGACCUGGAACGACACAAGAGGACAGUAAAGCACCAGCGCUGCCUCAACGGAGCUAGCUCGCAGCGAGAGUAUGUUUGCCCCGUGGACCGGUGCGCGAAGAGUAUGCCGCGUAAAGACAAUUUAAAUCGGCACAUCAGGUCUCAGCACCCGGGGCAGCCGCUGAUAUGAUUAGCUAGAUAGUUGAGAUAUAAUUGCAUGAGUU